AUGUCCGCCCCUACCCCCGAAGUUCUUCGAUUCACAACCCACAAGUCACUAAGUCACCGACUCGUUCUCUCUGCCCUAACAGGUCGUCCGAUUCACAUCUCCCAGAUUCGAAGCUCCUCACCUACCAAUCCGGGUCUUGCACCUCACGAAGUAUCUUUCUUGCGACUUCUCGAAUCUAUCAGCAAUGGCUCCUCUGUCCAGAUAUCCUAUACUGGUACAACAUUAGUAUACAAUCCAGGUGUCAUAGCUGGAUCGAUUGAUGGAUUGGGUGCGGAUGUGGAUGGAGUAAUCAAAUGUAAUUUGCCGGCGAAUAAUACUCGGGGUGUCAGUUAUUUCUUACUGCCCCUAUGUAUGCUUGCGCCUUUUGCGAAGAAGGCUGUCAACGUGAGGUUUGAGGGAGACGGGGUUAUCACAAGUUCAACGGAAGCAGGAGACAUAUCAGUGGAUAGUGUCAGAACGGCCAUUCUACCACUUUACGAACCAUUCGGGAUCAUGGCCAGCAAAUUGGAGAUCAGAGUUCUGCAGAGAAGUUGUCCGGGAGCGGGAGGCAAAGGCGGUGGAGGUGUAGUAGAGUUGCGGUUUGGGAGUCAGAUCAAGGCAUUGCCGAAGACGCUGCAUUUGAAUAGAAAUCCAGGGAGGGUGAGGAGGAUAAGAGGUGUGGCAUAUGCGACCGGUGUGAGUAAUAGUCAUAAUGCGCGGAUGAUACACGAGGCCAGGGGCAUCUUGAAUCCCUUUGUGGGCGAUAUCCACAUUGCGACACAGUAUGAUCAGGCGCCACUGGUAUCAGCGAAGGACAAGACGAAUCCGAGCGCGAAAAAGAGAACCGGAGUGGGAUUUGGAUUGGCGUUGAUUGCGGAGAGUACUUCGGCCGGUGUAAUAUAUUCGGCUGAUGUGGUAUCCCCCAGUGUGGGAGGUGUUGCGCCUGAAGAUAUUGGAAAGCAGUGUGCAUACCAGUUGCUGGAAAUUAUAUCACAGGGAGGUUGUGUGACGAACGCCGGCGCACCCACAGUACUAACUAUGAUGGCAAUGGGCUCAGAGGAUAUUGGAAGAUUAAGACUAGGACGAGAAGUAAUAGCGACAGAGGAUUUAAUAGGAUUAGGACGAGAUUUAAAAAAGUUCGGAGCAAGCAGUUGGGGUUUACGAGAUGUAAAAGAAGACGAGAGCGAGGAUAUCAUAGUAAGCGUCAAGGGCACGGGAGUGGGGAAUGUUGGCAGAGGUGUACAGUAG